AUGGUUCUCGAGGCGGUAAUGGUUGUCGUCGACAACAGCGAGAGCAGCAGAAAUGGCGACUACCAACCAACCCGAUUCGAUUCGCAAGUGGAUGCUGUUAAUAUCACCUUCCAGACCAUCACACAAGGAAACCCUGAGUCCUCUGUCGGAUUGAUGAGCAUGGGUGGCAAAGGACCCGAGGUGCUGGUAACUCUCACCACUGAGCAGGGUAAGAUCCUCGAGGGCCUGCACAGGACGAAGAAGAAGAUUGGAGGUUCCUCCCACUUGAAGACAGGAAUUCAAGUUGCCACACUCGCCUUGAAGCAUCGCCAAAACCGAUCCCAGCGUCAACGAAUAAUAGUCUUUAUCUGCUCCCCCGUCGAGGAAUCAGAGAAGGAGCUCACCACACUCGCCAAGAAGAUGAAGAAGGCCAACAUCUCGGUCGACUUUGUUUUGUUCGGCGAUCUCGACGACGACAGCACCAAGAACAAGCUGCAACUCUUUAUCGACACCGUCAAGACCAGCGAAGGCUGCCACUUGGUGGUCAUCCCCCCCAGCAGCAAGCUUCUUAGCGACCAACUCAUUUCGACUCCCAUUCUUCUCGGCGAGAAUGCUGGCGGAUCUGGCGGAGCCGGAGGCACAGGCGGCAGCAACGAGGAAUUCGAGUUUGGAUUCGAUCCUGCGAUGGAGCCCGAGCUCGCACUCGCUCUGCGCAUGAGUAUGGAAGAAGAAAAGGCCCGGCAGGAGAAGGCUGCUCGCGAGGAAGAGGAAGCUGCUAAGAAGGCGUCCCUCGGUGACGUCAAGGAGGAAGAUGAGAGCAAGGGAUCAAGCAGCAAAGACCAAGAUAAGGGCGGUAAGAAAGGCGACGGAGACAAGAUGGACACUUCAUAG